AUGAGACCACCAGGCUACAUUUGCCUCGCCGACCUGGACCCAGAAGCGGAUCUCUUGGUCUCUGACUUCUUGGAUUUACUGGGCGAGCGCUUCGGUACUUUGGACCUGGCCUGGCGGGACGGCUUCCACCAGGAUCCCCAUGGCAGCAUUACGAAGAAGGAUGUCAUGGAGGCGUGCGCUGCACUAGGCUAUGCACAUGAUGCUGAGAAGCUCUACAGAUGCCUGCAGACCUCGCCCGGCAAGCAGCUGAUUACCAUUUGGGAUAUCGACCCGGCCUGCAGCCGAACACGCAAGCGCGGCUUUGAGGUGGGUCACUGA